AAUUUGAUCUUUUGAGGUCUCAGGUUCAUAUCCUAGCAGAGACAAAAAACACUAGGUGAUUUCUUCCUAUCCGUUCUAGUCUUGGUGGACAGAGUUACCUGGUACCUAUUGCUGGUGGGAGGUGCCAGGUAUCCCGUGGAAUUAGUCGAGGUGUGCGCAACCUGGCCCGGACACCACAGUUAUAACAAAAAUGUAGUUUGAGUUAUCCUGGUUGGAAUUUUUUGGCUGAUUAAUAGUUUCCAAAUCAGUGUUGUCAAAGGCGCGCUUAAGUCCUAAAGCGAGGCACAAAACAUCUUGAGCUCUUCGUCUCACUUCAUGGGCGCUUUAGUGUCGUCAUCAACAACGCUAUAAGACAUACUUUUCCUUGCAAUAAACCUAAUCCUGAAGAGGCAAACACUAAACAAUUGAUUUUUCACUUUAUCGUAACUUGUUUUCAAUUUUCUUUGUCCAUAUAUUUGUUAUUUUUCAUUUUAAUUAUUAGUCUUGGACUACGCAUAUAUAUUUGUAUUUUUUCCCCUCUAUUUGUGUCUUUCUUCAUUAAAGCCCACGUUUAUUUGUGCUUUGCGCUUGAAGCCCCAAUGUACCUUACAGCUUUUUUGCGCUUUUUGCGUUUGAUAACACUGUUCCAAAUGCAUACCUAGAAGAGUUAAUGUUGCUGAAAGCCUUAUCGUCCUGCUACGUGUGGUGUUCACUUCUUGAAUGACAACUCCUUUGACAAGCUCUUCAAUCGAGGCAGGGCUUUGAUUUAUAUCCUUGAACUUGGAUGCCUAGAGCUACUUGUUUGUAGUGAUCUAGAGAUGCAAAUAUGUACUGCACUUGUCUGACACGUAAUGUUCUCUUUCAAACAUGCAGCAAGUUUUUGCUUUGCUUACUGGUAAAGCCAGAGGAGAUUCACUUUCAAUCUAAUUCUCUAAAUGAAUCCACGCUAUUUGCUGCUAAGUUGAACAAAAGCUUGUAAUAGGAUUCCUUAGAGAUCGAUCCGGAAUUUGUACCUGUCCACCAACAUGUCUUGACUACUGCUAACAUGACUCUAAUGAAGCAGAACUUCAUAACAAUAUUCAUUCCAAAGCUGUUGGAAUUUCUUCUGAAUCACAGGCCUCAAGUCAGGUCUAUACUUCUUUAUUCUACACAAAACAUCAUAACUAAAAGAAAAGCAUAGCUUCCUGUUACAAAGAUAGGAAAUGUUUUUUUCCUUCCAUUUGAAGAAGGUGGGAUAUUAUGUAUUUCACUGUUCUUCUUUCCCUUGUUAUUGAUCUUUUAUUUUGAACCCUUUUCCUUAAAAUGAUAGCGUAUUUAUUAGUAAAUGUUUGGUACAUGUCACUGCAACCAGAUAGUUCAGACUUUGAUUUGUGGCGAACAUAAUAUUCUGAUGAAUUUUUGGAUUAACACGUGUUAUACACAUUUAAUCCUCUUUCCCUGAACAAUGAAGAAAAAAGAAAGAAUUGCCCAAAGAAGAUGGCCGUCUGUUUUGAGUGCUUUUGCAAAUUUAAGGUGAGCAUUCAUUCUGUCUAUCUAUUUUGAGUGCUUCUGCAUAGUUGAGGUGAGCAUAUAAUCUUCUUCGAUCCUCUGUUGGUGAUAAACAUGCUCUUUCACCUUCUCUUCUUCCGCCUUUCAUUCACUCUUAGUAUCUUGAAAUAAAAUGUUCAUGGUCCAUUUGUUCCAUAUCCUGAUAUCCUCUUUAAUCACGUGAUGCUGAGGCACACGAGCUUUUCCUACUAGUGUGUAACUUUUAUUCCAUAUAUUUCCUAUUCUCGUCUUAGUAUUAGGUUGGAAAAUCGACUUCUAUUGAUUGGUUUUUAGCAUAGAAGUUCUCAGAUUUUCCGGUUAGACUUUGCCUCGUGAUAUAAUGGGAUUUGUUUCUGGAUAGAUUUACUAUAGUAAAGUUAGCUUCUUUGUCCAUCUGACUGAUUAUUUGUUUACUUUUUUUUUUCUGGUGCUUUAGAAUAAGCUACUUGUAAAUUCUCUAGCAUUAAUUUAAAUUGGUAAUUUUGUCUUCUUAUUUAUGGAUACAAUUGUUUCCUUUCUUUUUUUCAUACACGUUACCUUUAUCUCAUUCUUUAGCUGGGAUCUUCUGUGCUUUGCAAUGGCAAAUUCCAAGGGGGCAUCUAGCAUGAGAAAUAUGAUGUACAAUGGAAAGAGCUCUUUACUGCCUCCUAAAAGUCCGUUCCCUAGCAUAUCUCCUUCGUAUGUAGAUUAUGUCCCUAGUUCUACUGUCACCCACAAGGACAUUUCAAAAUAUAGAGAUGGUUCACACCAUCAGCGUACUUCUUCUGAAAGCUGUCUUAUGGAGGAGCAACCAUCUUGGUUAGAUGAUCUUCUUAACGAGCCGGAAACUCCUGUGCGCAGAGGUGGCCAUCGACGUUCAUCUAGUGACUCCUUUACAUAUUUUGAUGCUGCUAACAUUGCAAACUUAGAUUACAUAGCUCAAGAUGAUAACAAAUUCAGAAAUUUAACUCAUGCCCCUUCCUGGGGAUCCCAAGACUUUGACUAUUACAAAAAUGCUCGGCAUGGCACAUUUCAUGUUGAUCAGAACUCCAUAAACCGACAAAAAAGUAGUGCACGGGAUGCAUCCCCAAAUGCAAUACCACAUACCCGUGGCCUCUCCCCUUUUAGAGAAAAUGUCAAGACUCACAGCUUGGGACCGUCAUGUCCUCCACAAGAAGGAGAGAGGCCUAAAUCUGCAGGAAGUGACAUGCAGGAUUUAGUUGAAUCUGUCCCUCCUGAUCAAAAGGGAUCUGGUGAAAAAAAGGAUUCUUCUCACAGCAAGAAUUCUGCAUCAGAAACUGACACAAAACGUGCAAAGCAACAGUUUGCUCAACGGUCACGAGUUCGGAAGCUUCAAUACAUAUCUGAGCUUGAAAGAAAUGUACAAGUUCUGCAGGCUGAAGGUUGUGAAGUGUCCGCUGAGCUUGAAUUCCUUAACCAGCAGAAUCUUAUCCUCAGCAUGGAGAAUAAAGCCCUAAAGCAGCGCUUAGAAAAUUUAGCUCAAGAACAGCUGAUAAAGUAUUUGGAGCAUGAAGUACUGGAAAAAGAAAGAGGAAGACUACGAGCAUUGUAUCAGCAACAGCAACUGCCACAGCCGCAGCAGAAACAGCAAUCAUCUUCUAGCCAUCGGCGCACCACUAGUAGGGAUCUCGAUCAACAAUUUGCAGACCUCUCUUUGAAACACAAAGAGGGCUGAGGCCAACUUCACAUGUGAUGACUGUGACUGUAGCUAGGACUUUAAUCACAUCUUCUUAACUCGCCCUCAGCUGAUUUUUCCUGGCAAAUUACGAAGACGAUUUUUAUUGUGCAUGAUCAGAAAGAACUCUUGCUGUCCUUGUGCUCUCUGGACGGCUUUGCCUCUGGCGGUGAUUGUAAUAUCCGUCAUGGUAUGUAUCCUCAGCUUUAUUUGUUAGGCAUAGUGGUCUUUUUAUAUGCGCCUGGUGGUCAAUGCUAGGGAAUAGCAUUUGUGGCAGUUGACUCACCUGAGGUGAUUAAUUUCGGCAUGUAUUUUCCUUUGUAUGUUAAAGUUCAUCAGUUUCCCAUCAGCUUUCUCUGUUGUAAAAUUUCCCAGCUAUUUGUUCCAUCAUUUUUACCUUCUUGGGUACAUUUUCAUGAACAUUGACUUGUAAGCAUGAUACUGGAGCUCCAUCAGCUUAUUAUUUCCUUUCUUCUUUAGGCUAUGAAAGCAUUCUGUUUUCGCAC